UUCUGUUGUUUGUUGUUGUUGUCACCGUUGUCACUGACAGUCGCGCGGCGCGGCUCGUGCUAAUCACCCCGCUGCCCCGCGCGCAUGCAGCAGAAUGGCUCGAGCGGCUCCGGCGGCUCGGACGGCUGCGGCAGGGAGCGCCAGUCCUCCCCGUCCUUCAGCCCGCUGCCCGCCGCCGCUACUACGCGGGUGAGACGGUUCAUUCAGGAGCGACGGUCGCUGCCGCUGCCCAGAGUGAUGGUGGUGUUCUCGGCCGCGGGGGACACGGACAAACCGGGCGAUGCCAUGUCUCACUCGGACCCUGCGGAGGACGAGUUCCGAAAGCCGGCCUCCCCGACGCCGAGCCUCGCUCUGAGCAAGCCGCUCCGCUCCACGCUGAGCGCCCCGGAGCAGGAGUUUCCUGAGGUGAUUUCUCUGAACGUUGGAGGCACGUACUUCACCACGCGCCUGUCCACCCUGCGGCGGUACGAGGACACCAUGCUGGCCGCCAUGUUCAGCGGGCGUCACUACAUCCCGCGCGAUGCCGAGGGACGCUACUUCAUCGAUCGGGACGGGGCGUACUUUGGGGACAUCCUGAACUUCCUGCGGGAGGGCGAGCUUCCUCACCGGGACCGGGUGCGGGCGGUGCACCGGGAGGCGCAGUACUACGCCAUCGGCCCGCUGCUGGACAGCCUGGAGGACACCCAGCCGCUCACCGGGGAGAAGGUCCGCCAGGCGUUCCUCGACCUGCUGCCCUACUACCGAGACAAUCUGGAGCGCAUCAUGGAGAUCGCCAAGCUGCGGGCCAUGCAGAAGAAGGCGCGCUUCGCCAAGCUGAAGAUCUGCGUGUACAAGGAGGAGAUGCCCAUCACGCCGUACGAGCGGCCGCUCUUCAACUCGCUGCGCUUCGAGCGCUCGGACGGCGAGGCCAAGCUGUUCGAGCACCACUGCGAGGUGGACGUGUCCUUCGGGCCGUGGGAGGCGGUGGCGGACGUCUACGACCUGCUGCACUGCAUCGUCAGCGACCUGGCGGAGCGCGGCAUCGCGGCGGAGCAGCAGUGCAUCGGCGUCUGCGACAAGCACCUCAUCAACCACUACUACUGCAAGAGGCCCAUCUACGAGUUCAAGAUCACGUGGUGGUGAGGCUCCGCCUCCCGCCACUCACGCCAUACCGGCUCCUGUAUCGACGCUGCCGAUGUUCCGUGCCGGCGUCUUCAGUGUGACCCUUUAAGUCGCGUUCUGAGUGUCGAUCCUCCUGAAAUAAGUAGAUUUGCUUUCCUUUCUGUCAAACGCCCCGAAGGAAAGAAAUCAGCCCGACUCUCCAGUGAAACCCAGGUGACGGAAAACUCUCCUGCGAAGAGUCGAAACCUGUGAGGUUUGACCUCUGACCUCAGCGCGGUUCCGUCCAGGUGUGCCUCAGUACCUCACCGCUCCGCUCGCAGCUCCGCCUCUCUCCGGUCUCCAGCCUCCGCCGGCCUGCAGGUCCGUUUACCGCUCAGCGGAGAAGCUUUCAGUCCCAUCGGCUGCAAACCUGUCUGCUCAUGGCGGCGCUCGGAGCCCACUGCGCUGCCUAAUUAUGCACAAAAGACGAGCAGAUAGCAGAAAACUAUGCUUCAAGUCACAGCUAUGCACAGCCAGGAUGAGCGACGGGCUGCUCGCCUCCGUUUGAAAACACGAGCGGCGCGUUUGACUGACAGAUUGGUUUCACUUGGAAUCGGCGCGCCUGUCCGUCGACCUCUGAACGGGGACACCAGGAGGCACGAGCGUCUGCAGGACAGACUUCCUGCUUCGCGCAGGAAUGGAAACGUGCUCCAGGCCACAGCGGCGUUCCCGUAGGGCGAGUUGACGGCAGCUUCUGGAGGAGCCGCUUCCUCCUGAUUCACAGGUCGUGAAGCGUCUUCCUGUGGAUCAGAAGCUGCAGCGCGACCGUGUCGCUAACCCAGCAGGCCAAACCGUCCCGUCCGUGUCCGUCACGUUGCCUAUCCAGUUUCCUAUUUAUUACCUUGACUCAUUGUUUGCUCGCCUCCUCCAGAGGUGAAGCAGAUGUCAGUAAAUCCUGAAUAUUCUCUCGCCAGUCCGCUGUAUGUUUUAGGGCUUCGCUGCGUGUGAGAGAGCAGCCUCCCGAGGAGCCUGUUUUUACAGGAUACAGGGACGCACACGGUUCACUAAUGGUGUCAAACACGAGGCCCGCGGGCCAAAAUCGACCGUCCAAGAGGCUCCAGUCAGCCCCACCUAAGCCUGUUUCCUCUCCCACACCGACGCUUUGAUCCGUCUCCGUUUAGCUUUUCCACCGGGUGGAAGCAAGGCGAGUCCACGGCGCCGCCGAGAUCAGCCGCUCGCUGAGAAACAUCUGCAGGGCUGCGUCCGUCAGAGGGAGUGUUGACGCUCCGCGGCGUCGGUUGUUAUUUUUCCACGUCUCCUGCUGUACUUGAUGAAGUGUGAGCGCCUCGUGAUUGUAACAGAGAUAUUUUAUCGUAUCGGUUCCUGGUGUGAAGCUCCCCGACGAGCACCUCCGACCGCAGAAGGAAACAUUUUAUCCUCACCGAGAAAGCCAACGUGUUGAUUUUGUUCGUUUACUUUUCUUUGUCUUUGUUUCCCUGAAAACGGCAGCAGAGAUCCUCUGGAGCACUACUUAUCUUAAAUAUUUCCGAUGUUCUGUUUGCAAUGUUUAUAAUGUUUUUAUAAGGUUAUUUAUCUGUUUCUGUUAGCUUCUAGGAAGCUCCGGAUAUGAACUCGUCCUCUGGUUGUUUGUAGUGAAAAGCAAAGUGUCAUUUUUAUUAACUAUGGUAAAUUAAAAUUG